GCGGUCGUGGGAGACGCUGUUUGCAUUGAAUUCGUAUUUUUUAUUGUUACUGUUGAACUGACAUGCGCGCAGUUUUUCUAAAUUUGUGACUAAAACACACUAGGCAUUUGGAUUUCAGUGGCAGAAUUUAGUGUUAGUGUUGUGUUAACUUUUUAAACCUGUAGUUUUUUAUUCCGCGUUGUUUUAAGCAUAUUGGUGCAGUGUUUAUGUUCAUAGCGCGCCGCCCGUUUCGUUCGGCGUGGAGGCACGGGCACAUCGCCCUCGAGGAUUCUUCUUCCUUCAAGAGAUGAAGCGGAGGCCAGUAGCACGGUCGGCGGCGAGGUGAGGCUGUGGCGGGCGACAUGGACCACGCGGUGAAGGCGAUGUCGGCGCGCGGCCCGCUCGCCCGGCUCGUGGCCCGCCGCCGCUUCGAGUCCGCCGAGCUGGAGGAGCUGUAUGCACGGUAUGCAUGCAAGCUGCAGCGCACCUCCGUGGGCUGGGCGCUGGCGCUGUGGGCCGCGCUGGCCGCCGCGCUAGCCGCCGUCGACGCCACGCGCGGCUGGCGACGGGCACCGCAGGUUGGCGUUCUAAGUGCUCACGCGGUGCUCUGCGGCGGCCUGGCCUGGUGGUGCGGCCGAGCUGGUGGAGUGGCCCCCGAGCGGCGGCUGCCCCGUGCUUGCUGGCUUGCUCUAGCUGGUGGAGGCAUCGCUCUGGCCGCCACGCUUCCAGCUUGGGGCCCCGGCGCCGCGGCCGAGGGCGCUGCGCACGUAGUCUGGGCGGUCUUCGCUGCAUACGCCCUGUUGCCAGUCGGCGCCCCGGUAGCGGCCACUUUUGGCAUCAUCCUCCCUACGGUUCACACUGUAGCGGCGGCCCUCAUCGCUCAUCGCUUCCCGUACCACGUGUGGCAGCAGAUGGUGGGCAACGUAGUGGUGUUCAUAUGUGUGAACGUGGUGGGAGCGCUGAUGCAUUCGCUGAUGGAGACGGCGCAGCGGCGGGCCUUCCUCGACACCAGGAACUGCAUCGCCGCGAGACUCGACAUGGAGGACGAGAAUGAGAAACUGGAGAGAUUGCUGUUGUCAGUGCUGCCUCAACACGUGGCUAUGGAGAUGAAGAACGACAUCAUAUCGCCGGUGGAGGGCCAGUUCCAUAAGAUCUAUAUACAAAAACACGAGCAAGUCAGCAUCCUGUUCGCGGAUAUAGUGGGUUUCACGGUACUCGCAUCGCAGUGCAGCGCACAGGAGUUGGUGAGGCUGCUGAACGAGCUGUUCGGCCGGUUUGACCAGCUCGCCAACGACAACCAUUGUCUUCGCAUCAAGAUACUGGGCGACUGCUACUACUGCGUGUCCGGGCUGCCCGAGCCUCGCUCCGACCACGCGCGCUGCACCGUCGAGAUGGGACUUGACAUGAUCGACGCCAUAGCGUCUGUGGUGGAGGCGACAGAUGUGCAACUAAACAUGCGCGUGGGCAUCCACACCGGGAGGGUUCUGUGCGGGGUGCUCGGCCUGAGGAAGUGGCAAUACGACGUGUGGUCCAAUGACGUCACGCUGGCCAACAACAUGGAGGCCGGGGGAGAGCCAGGUCGGGUGCAUAUAACCCAGGCCACGCUGGAAUGCCUGGGCGGCGCCUACGAGGUAGAACCGGGCCACGGCACCAACCGCAACGCGUACCUGCGGGAUCACUCUGUGCAGACCUAUUUUAUCAUACCACCGCCUAGAAGACGGAAAAUGUGCUUAUCAACUGGAGUAGGCCUUGGCUCGUCACGUCGCAAACUCUCUUUCAAAAAUGUCUCCAACGUAGUGGUCCAGUUACUACACUCCAUAAAGUUCAAUGUGGACGUGCCUUUUUCCAACAUGGCCGCCUCGCCACAGGAGCUCAAGGCCAACGCAGCCAGGAAGGUGCUGGACUUGCGGCGGGCGCUGCACGCGGAGCCGGGGUCCGCGGAGGCGCUCCGCUUGGCGUCCCUGCGCGCGGAAGACGUGAGCGCCGCGCUAGAGGGCCCCCCGCCCGCUUGCCCCGCCACCGCCCCCCACCACCACACCUUCGACGCCGUCAUGCAGCACCACGCUCUCCGCACACACCCCACGAAUAAAGUAACGGAAAAGUUCAAGCGGCCUCUGAAAAAGCGUCACUCGUCUGUGUACCACCAGCCCACCAACCGCGUCAACAAGUACCUGGCGCAGGCCAUCGACGCGCGGUCGGUACAUCGCGAGAAAGCUACGCAUGUCCAUCUUCUGACUCUUUGCUUCAAAGAUAGGGCGAAGGAGGAACAGUAUCGAGCAUCAACAGACGGCGGAUGGGCGGGGUCGCUCGGGGCGGCUCUGGGAGCGCUAGCGGCGGCGGGCGCUCUCCAGGCGGUCAUCCUGCCUCGAACCUACAUUCUUCUGAUACUCUUCGUCACAGCCUUCGCCUGGUCUGCUGCAGUACUGGCCUUGACCCUGGCGGCAAGACUGAGGCUUAUCCCCUGUGACGUUUCCAGGCCAUUCGCAUUGAGAAACGCUAUCACAACGUUCACUAUUGUGCUGGGAUAUGCUGUGGGACAAGUUAAUGUUGUAACAUGUCGAAAAAUGGAUCUAUGUCGGAAUCUGACAGAAAACUACACCACCAUGAACGAGGUGCGGCAAAUGAGCGGCGACAUCGCCGCUGCUCUAUGGAACAGCGACGACCAUAGAGCGUGUCCCGUCCCUAUCUACAUAACGUUGGGGUGCUGCCUUAGUAUGCUGGCCGUGGCGGUGUUCUUACGACUGCCGAUCCUGGUGAAAGGGAUACUGCUAACGGUGAUGACUGUCGGAUAUAUGGCGCUUAUACUGGCGUGGCAUAAAGCGCUAUUCGACUGUUACGAUCUCAUGACUGAGCCAGGCAUGGUGGGGUCAGCGUACGUAGCAUGCGCGUGGACGCUCGCGCUCGCCCUCGCGGUGUUGCUGCACGCGCGGCAGACCGAGUGGACGGCGAGGCUGGACUUCCUGUGGCAAGCGCAGGCCAGGGACGAGAAGCGAGACAUGGAUGCGUUGCAGGCAUCAAAUAGAAGAAUACUUUUCAACUUGCUGCCUGCGCAUGUAGCGACUCAUUUCUUGGACAUGCAGUUUAGGUCUAACAGCAACAUGGAGCUGUACCACCAGUCGUACCAGCGAGUGGGCGUGGUGUUCGCCUCCAUCACCAACUACCACGAGUUCUACAUGGAGUUGGACGGGAACAAUCAGGGCAUGGAGUGUUUACGGCUGCUCAAUGAGAUCAUCGCCGAUUUUGAUGAGCUACUAGGCGAGGACCGCUUCAGUGCUAUCGAUAAGAUCAAAACUGUGGGGUCCACCUACAUGGCGGCGGUCGGCCUGAUUCCCGACAAGAAGAUGACAGAUGAUGCGAGCACUCGCAAGCACAUGGCCACGCUCGUCGAGUUCGUGUUCGCUAUGAGGGACAAGCUCAAAGAUAUCAAUGACAACUCAUACAAUAAUUUCAUGUUGAGAGUGGGUAUAAACAUCGGGCCGGUCGUCGCUGGGGUUAUAGGGGCAAGAAAACCACAGUACGAUAUUUGGGGUAACACAGUCAAUGUCGCGUCCAGGAUGGAUUCCACAGGUCUACCGAACCACACGCAAAUUACCGAGGAGGUGUAUCAGGUCCUCAAAGAUAUGCCUUACCGAUUCGCCUGUCGUGGAUUCGUGAACGUAAAAGGGAAAGGCCAAAUGACGACAUAUUUUUUAACAGACAGGGCGCCCGUUAACGGCGGCCCCGUCAACCUGACCUCGAACGGCCCGACCCAAAAUCCACCGACCGCAUACGGCGGAGUCGCAACACCGCUCGCGAUGCUGCAGAAUUCCGCGCGAAGAGCCGCUUCGAACCCUUCACGACUGCCGCCUCUAAGAGAGGCGUCCGUCGCCGGCGAGACCGAGCCGCUGCUGCCGUCUAACGGUCACCAGAUGAACGGGAAUCACAAAGGAAGCAAGAGCAGAAGGAUCAAGGAGGAGGAGACGCCGCCCCCGCCGCCGCCGCACGGGCUGGCGGGCCCGCGCUGGCCGCCGCCGCGCGCGCUGGUGCCGCCCUGGCCGCGGCCGCAGGAGCCGCGCCCCGCCGCCGCGCACAAGCGCCGCCUGCCCCGCCCGCGCUCCAGCGAGAGCCUGCCGCUGGCGCGCAGCCCGCGCGUGCACUCCUCCGCCGACGAGCUCAGUUCCCUCACGCGCUCGCCCAGCCUCAGCUCCUCCGACGAGAGCUACUCGCGCACCACCGACGCGUCCCCCUCCCCGCCGCGCCCGCUCCCCUACGUCCCCCCGCUCAGGGCGCAGCGGAACCAGAACCCCACCUACGACUAUCCCCCGGUCCGACAGAGCAAGCCUGCUCCCGAUCGCGUCAAUGAAAUAUACGCUAAACAUAAAAUCAAUAAGAAACCAUCGCUCGAUGAUAAAUUCAUAGAUGGCGGCGACGACUACCAUAAAGAUGAAGAAAAGUUCCAGAGGUUCCCCUCAGCGGUAAUCAAUAUGCUUCAAGCUUCCGUGAAACGGGACGGUUGUUGUCAAACGGACAAGAAAGACGUCUCCGGUCGCUUUGCGCAUAGAACCAAUUCGUUCUCGAGUUCGGGCAGUAGACCGAACCAUCUGAAACACUUGAAUCACGAUAGCAGAGAAGUGUUCACGAAACGAAGUCCGACGGACGUGGUCUGCGUUCCACCUUUCGAGAGAGAAAUACAAAGGCUGCUCGAUGAUAAGAAUAUUUUAAAAAGUAAUUCGCAGAAAGUGGAGCGUAAGGAAUUGAAAUUAGAACUAAGGGCACAAAACCCAGCACUAGAGCCGGUUCGCAAUUGCAACAACAACAGCAGCCCCCUGCAUGCAGUGGGGUUAGCCGCCAUCACGCAGUUGGCGCGGGCGGAGGUGAGCCCGGGGCGCGCCGGGGCCAUGCUGCCCAACGAGUUCCCCGGGGUCCUGCCCACCGACGUCGUGGUUGAACUACCCUCACCCACGCAUUCCGCUGAACACAAUCUAAGUCCAACUAGCGAACGAAAGGCGGAAGCGGCAACUUCAAAGGAUAAGCAAGAAAGUGAAAUCCAGGAUAGACUUCAUAACCGGGUGACCACUUCGAAUCACAGAGAAAUGGGCCUCUACGGUGAGAGUCAAUCCGAAUGGAGUUCGUCAUGUUCAGAAGGGGACGGGGAGGGGGACGGGGGUCAGCCCGAGAGCACCGGCUACACCACUGACGACCCGGCGCUGGAAAAUGUGUCCAUGUUGAACGAGGCGGGGCUCACGGACGCCGAGGCGGCCCUCAGUGACGUCAACUCUUGUUACUUCGACCGCGACGACGAUGUCUCCUCUCGGGCAUCGUCUCGUCUUCUCGAUUCUGAGGCUUUAGUCUCCCUCGAAUCCCUUAGUGCAAUAUACGACUCUGAUGAACCCGCGCACAGAUACUUAGCGAACAUACGCACUGUGAGCGAAUCUAUUACAAGGAACUUUGGACAGCCAGCCCACGUCACCGACGGAGAGAGUGAUGUGUAGUGAUACCUUGUGAUACCUUUGUGUGAAGUAUGAAUUCGAUUGACUGAACUAGUUUCGUGUGUACUUUUGAAUCGAUGAUUGAGGUAAUAUUGUGAUAGCUAAGAAAUCUCAGACGCGUUCAUGACAGACUUCCGAAACGUCCACGGAUACGUGACGAAAUUUUGAAUUCGCUCUCUAUUCCUUAACAGAAUGAAUACUCAGAAGAUUUUCUUUUUAAAACUUGUUUGUGGUGGAUGGACCGAGUGUAGCGAAAGAAAAAUUGAAACUGUCGAUAUUUUCGUAUCGGUCUUGUUAUACUGCUGAUGUGCCUGUUGAUUUUAAUGACUUAUACUUUGUAAAUUGUCCAUAUGUACCUUAUACAAACUAUAUAUAAAUCUGUAUGAUAUUCAUGUACAGCCGAAGGUGCCAUGUGAUGGCGUGCGUCAUCUAGGAGUAUGCGAUAAUCUCUACAAUUAUAAGGUGCUCUGAAUAUUGUGGUUUGUGUUUAGAUAAUUCUAAUGAAAUUGAAUUCGAGCGACCAAUAACUGUGCUGUAGAAGUUCUAGUGUAAAGGGCUGGUUCCCGCUGUGUACAGUUUUGUCUUGUCUCCAACGUGUUCAGUGUCGAGACAAGACAUUUUACGAAGGAAAUAUAAACUUUUGCAUUUCAAUUAAUCUUUAGUGUAAACAGUGUUACCAUAGACUGGAAGAGUAUCUUUUAGAGAUUGUUUCUUGAGAAUUAAAGAAUCCUACAUAUGUAAUUUAGAAUACCUAUAUGAAAAUGAAUAUCAUUUAGUUUGUAUUUUAUAUCUAUUAAUAGCUUACUAUUAUGAACCGAAUUCGCCUACGUCGUCGUGUUACAACAUUAUGUUAAGAGAGACGAAGUCACGUCGUUAUCAUUUUUUCACUCCACUCUUUCGUAAUUUACAUUAUCUAGUCACUUUAAUACAACAUUUAUUCCCGUCAUUAUAAAAAUGGUGCCAUUGUGAUUCUAUCUUUUAAUUUCUGUUUCUUUAAAUUUGUUAUUUCUCUUUUAUUUUUUUUUGGUUUUAGACGAAUAUUAUGUUGAUAUUCUUGAGAUACCUCUGUGGAACCUUUAUUUUUAGUUAUUUAUUUUUAUUUAUAUAUUAACUACUUAAAACAUCUUAUUAGCAAAUACAGAUUAUUACGAGAAAAGUACAAUUUUACGCAUAAAAAAUAAUAACUUUGUUUAUUGAGAAUACCUAUUCCUAAGUUCUAACUGAUCUUUGACAUCUCUGUCAAUUUUGUGUUAUAAAUAAUACCUAUUUUUUUUUAUAGUGCAAAAUGUAAUCAAUGAAUAGCACAGUCAUGCGUACCUACUUUGCAUAUAUAACUGGUUUACUUAGAUUGUGUACUUAAAAAUUAAACAAAUACUUACAAGUGGUGUUUCAAUCAUUCGUGGUUAGAUAUAUCUAAUCAAAAUUAUACUUCAAAUUGAUCAUAUAUAUUAAGUAUAUAUUAAGAUUCCGUUUUUAUGAUUUAUUAAUCUACACUGAUAUUUGCUCUAGAUAAACCUCCGAAUUACACUGAUUAAUUUAUUUACGCUGCAAAGUAAGCGGUUUAUUUAUUUUCUUUUUGGUGCCGUAUCGUUCUCGGCACUUUAGAAUAGAACCGCUCCAUAUCUUUCCCAUGGAUUUUGUAAAAGGCGACUAAGGGAUAAGCUUCUAAUAAAAGCUGAUAAGCUUCUUCUUGUAGGCGAUGAGCUUGCAACCUAUCACUAUUCGAAUUUCAAUUCCAUCAUUAAGCCAUACGCUGUACGUGGCCUCUGUUUACCCCGUAAGGGAUAUGAACGUGACUUUAUGUAUAUAUUUCAUUGACGAGAGAAAAUAAAAAGCAAGUAUAUUUCUCGCAUUUCAAAUAAUAAUAACUUGCCCGAUAUUGUUUCCGAGCAACAGGCAAAGAGUUAACUUAUUGUGAGGAGAAAGUACGUUUAUCAACCUAAUCAGGGCUGACGACAGGGCUUCAGUGAGAUCUAGGCAAUUGUUGAUCUUUGUAAAUAUAAUUGUUCAAAUGUCAAGUGCUAUUCCACUUUUAAAUAAGUUUAUCAUGCAGUGAAGAGAUCAUUAUUUUUUUAAUAAUCAUCAUGUUUGCUAUCUUUAUUCCUUGUAUUUCGAAUCAAUAUUUUUCUUGUUGAUGUAUGUACACAUAGUGCCAAAAUAUUUUAAUUAAAGCUUGUAUGAACAUUAUUUGUUUAAUGUUGUUAUAAAUAAGUCCAUGACUAAAAAUACUAGGUAUUCAAUCGAAAUUGAAACUUAGAACUUUUGAAAAAAAAAUACGAUUUGGAAAAUAGAGAAUAUCUGUUGUUUAGAAUAAAUAUAUCCUUUGUAACCCCGGUAGAUGAAAGCAUCUCAAUACGGUCGUCUAUUUUAAUAUACUAACUUGUUAUGGAAUCUAAAUAAUAAUUGUAAUUCAACGCAUGAAAAGAUAAACAAAGGCAGAUAAAAAAAGCAUUGUAAUUGUAGUACAUAUACAUUACACACUGAAAAUUGUUGUUACGUAAUUCAUGUUGAAAUGUAGAGCACUAUGUAAAACAUAAAUAAAUGCUGAAUGUACCUAAUUAAAAUAUCAAUUAAAACGAAUUUGAUAUUUCAUUUCGAACAGUUAACAAACUGGAUACUUAUAUAUUAAUAGUAAAUCUUAUGUAUAAUACAUUUAUUUUUGUAGUUACUUGAUUGCGCCUUGUGUAGUAAUGUGUAUUAUGUACCUACCUAUUUUUAUUUAUUUCAAUUCAA